AUGCGGCAUCUCGAGCAACCUCGACAGGACAGAGAAUCGCUUGGUGAUGUCUCACAUGCGCGAGAGGAGCAGCACCGACGUGAGGAGGAGGAGGAGGAGGAGGAGGAGGAGGAGGAGGAGGAGGAGGAGGAGGAGGAGGAGGAGGAGGAGGAGGAGGAGGAGGAGGUGCAGGCCGAGUGCGUCAGGGAGGUCAGCGUGGCAACUGGGCUGGAGAUGUUGUAUGCAGAGACCCCCUGCUACCGUGGGGCUGUGGCCCUGGCUGAUCGCCUCGUAGAGCCGAAAAAUACGCUCAAGCACGUCUGGAGGGUGCCAGACUUCGAAGCGCAGGAGCCCUCUUCUGCUAGUGCAGAUGAAGGUGAGGGCGUGGCCGAGGCAGACUAG